UUACCGUCUACAGUCCCCUCCCCUUUGGUAAAUAAACUGGACGAGUGUCAGUAGCUCAUGUGACAGCAAAGGGCGGCGUUUAUGGAUUUCAAAGUUUCCUCUUUCGGAAGACAUGGAAGGCAGCGGAAAAACGCCAGUGUUCGAUCACGCCGAGCAUCAGCAUAUUCGUUACAAUCCUCUGAGGGAUACAUGGGUUCUGGUUUCAGCUCACAGGAUGAAGCGACCAUGGAAGGGCCAGGUAGAGAAACCGCCUGAAGAAAAUAUCCCCAGGCAUGAUCCACUCAACCCACUAUGCCCAGGAGCUACUAGAGUUAAUGGGGAGGUGAACCCAGAGUAUGAUAACACAUUUGUCUUUGAUAAUGAUUUUCCAGCACUUCAACCAGAUUCACCAGAGCCAGGAGUCAGUGAUCAUCCCUUGUUUCAAGUGAGAGCAGCGACAGGUGUAUGUAAAGUGAUGUGCUUCCAUCCCUGGUCGGAUAUCACACUUCCACUGAUGCAAAUCUCUGAAAUUAAAAAUGUAAUUGAAAAAUGGAUGGAAUUAAUCUGGGAGCUGGGAGAGAAAUACCCAUGGGUACAGAUUUUUGAGAACAAAGGGUCAAUGAUGGGCUGUUCAAAUCCUCAUCCACAUUGCCAGGUUUGGGCCAGUAAUUUCCUUCCCAAUGAGCCAAGUUUAGCCGAUCGAUGCCAGCGAGACUAUUACAAAAAGAAUGGCAUACCAAUGUUGCUGGAUUAUGCCAACCAAGAAUCUCAGAGAAAGGUACGAAUGGUAGUGGAGAACGAAGACUGGAUCGUUGUUGUUCCUUACUGGGCGACGUGGCCUUUCCAAACAUUACUGCUACCCAGAAGGCAUGUGCUGCGUUUGAUUGACCUCACAGGAAAAGAGAAAGAAAGUUUGGCCUCAAUAAUGAAAAGACUGCUAACAAAAUAUGACAAUCUGUUUGAGAUAGCAUUUCCAUACUCAAUGGGGUGGCACGGCGCUCCUACAGGCAUUCACCUGAAAGAGGAUAUGAACCACUGGCAACUUCAUGCUCACUAUUAUCCUCCACUACUGCGUUCAGCUACAAUUAGAAAGUUCAUGGUUGGAUAUGAGAUGCUAGCACAGGAACAGCGAGACCUCACUCCAGAGCAGGCUGCGGAGAGACUACGGAAUCUAUCUGAGGAGCACUAUGCCAUGAAAAGGCAGGAAAAAGAAACCUGAAAUGAAAAACAGGCAUCCUUCAAGUAGGACCCAGGCAAGAAUUGUAACUCCUGGAAAUUGAUCUUACCUUUGUGGGAUCACUAUAUAAAUGAGCAAUACUGCUACCACCAAUAAAA